CCGUAUACUGUAUAGCGCCAUUUUAGGGUGUGAGCUUUUGGAACUCCCUUGGACCCUUCCCUGUUCUCCCUUCCCGCAACCGCUAAACUUUCUUUUAACUUUCCCCGACCUAAACUUUUCUUCUCCCUCUCUUUCUCAUCAAUCAUGCUGCACCAGUAUUUAUAUCUUUCACAUUCACUACCCAAUUCAUAAUUCUCUUUCUACUUCACACUCCCGGCCUACCCAUUUCCUCUUCUUCCUUCUUUCCCCUUUAAUCCUCUCUCUCUCUCUCUCUCUCUCUCUCUCAUGGCGUCCACUACAUCAAAAUUCAUCAAGUGUGUCACAGUGGGCGAUGGCGCCGUUGGGAAGACGUGCAUGCUCAUCUGUUACACGAGCAACAAGUUCCCUACAGAUUAUAUACCCACUGUGUUCGACAAUUUUAGUGCGAAUGUCGUAGUAGAAGGCAAUGCUGUGAAUUUGGGACUCUGGGAUACUGCUGGCCAAGAGGACUACAAUAGGUUGAGGCCUUUAAGUUACAGAGGAGCGGAUGUCUUCGUCUUGGCAUUUUCGUUGGUUAGCCGUGCCAGCUAUGAAAACAUUUUAAAGAAGGUCGUUUCACGAAUUUACCUUGUUUGUUUCUUCUUGGUCUUGUUCUUGUUCUUGUUCUUCUCUCUCUCUCUCUCUCUCUCUCUCUUACACAUACAUACACGAGCGCGCGUACACCGCGAAAAAGCUCACAUGUGUUUCUUUUCCUUAAUUUACCGUCUUCAGUGGCUACCUGAGCUUCAUCAUUUUUCUCCUGGAGUGCCGAUAGUUCUGGUUGGUACUAAAUUGGAUCUUCGUGAAGAUAAGCAAUAUUUGUCUGAUCAUCCAGGGCUUGUGCCAGUGACGACAACGCAAGGGGAGGAAUUACAGAGACAAAUUGGUGCGACAUAUUAUAUAGAAUGCAGCUCAAAAACUCAACAAAAUGUGAAGGCGGUCUUUGAUGCAGCAAUCAAGGUGGUAAUUCAGCCGCCAAAGCAAAAGGAAAAGAGCAAAAAGCCACGGCAUGGGUGUUCAAUCUUGAAUAUUCUCUGGGGAAGGAGUAUCAGGUGUUUUGGGUGAAUCCUCUUCCAGCGAAUGAAAGUAUAUAACACAGUCUACAUAUCUGUUGAUCUUGCUGUACUGACUAAUUUGUGAUUGAUGUUUGAAUUGGUUGGACAGGUCUAUGGAAGGAUAUUAAGGUUACUUCCUGUCUGUUAGCCUUCCCUAACCUGUAUCUUAACUAUUUACAAGCCCGAUGUAUACAGUACUUUGUGAUUCAAUUGUUUGAGCAAGUAGUAAUCUUUGAUUGCUCUGA